AUGAAAUGCGUCAAUGCCAUCCCAGCAAUGGUCGUCCUCCUGCUUGCAUUCCCCGGACCCACUGGCACCAUGAGGGUUGGGAACGCAACAUUGACAUGCGAUGGAAUGCACAAGCUGUUCAGGUCGAACCAAGAGUCUGUUGAGAGCGAAAACGACGCGGUGAAAGUCGAGCUGGCGGUAGACUGUCGGGACAGACUCUUUCAUCUGGAUCGCCUUCCUUCCUGGGUGAUCGGCCUACCUGUGCUCCUAGAGGCUACGGAUGGAUACCACGAGGUCGUCAUGAGACUCCCGGCGCCCUCGCUGUCUGUCGACGACAAAUGUCGUCUGGUUGUCAGGAGUCCGCAGAGCUCGCAGGUUGUCGAGGCAGCGGGAGACUUGAACGUUGAGUUUGACUCGACGUUGACGCUGGAUGUUGUCGGCAUGUACUCCUGCCUCGGGGAGGAGGAGCCGUGUAUGUUGGUGGUGGAGGUGGACGAGGAAGUGGUCUGGACAGGCACCUGCUCGUCCUCUUGUACAGCGAAGAGCUACUGGCUGCAUGGCCAGCUGCCGGAGCCUUCUCCUGUUCCCCUGCCUGUGCUCACGACGUGCACUGUAGGGGGAGGGGAGCAUGCACUGAAGCUCUCAGUCAAGAAUGCUGCCGGGACUGAACUCUGCAGAGCAGCACGGACCAAGUUCUUUGUGGCGAGUGAGCACCAGCACCAGCACCAGCACCAGCACCAGCACCAGCACCAGCACCAGCACCAGCACCAAGUUACUCUCAACUUGACGGAUCAGAUUCUGAGGCAGCAGCGGCGAAAGGAGGAGCACCUGGAGACCUUCGGGACUCGAGGCAGGAGAAUGUUGACCCGCACUUUGCAGAUUGGAGGAGCAGGAGCAGGAGCAGGAGCAGGAGCAGGAGCAGGAGCAGGAGCAGCAGGAGCAGGAGCAGGAGCAGGAGCAGGAGCAGCAGGAGCAGCAGGAGCAGGAGUAGGAGCAGCAGCAGGAGCAGCAGGAGCAGGAGUAGGAGCAGCAGCAGGAGCAGCAGGAGCAGCAGGAGCAGGGGAGGUCCCUCUGGUGUUCUUCGACGGGAUGAGCGCUGAGCUCAUGGGUCACGACUUCUUCUUCUUCACCUGCGACAACAACGGGUGGGAGGGGAGCAUUACCCAGCUCUCAGCCCAGCUGCUGUCCAGCUGGCAGGGCAGGGGAGGGGUGGUGCUGGAUGUGGGCGCUAACUCGGGGUUCUACUCCGUGCUGGGGGGUGUGCUGGGGUUCAGGACGUUCUCCUUCGAGGUGCAGCUAGAGUGUCUGGAGCUGGUGGAGGAGGCGACGAGGGCUAACGACGUGCGGGACCUGGUAGAGCCCCUGCUGCUGGGGCUGGCGGAGGGGACAAGGUGGGUAAGAUCGACGAUGGGUAGGUGCGACGGGAGCAACUUUGUGGUGGAGGAGAGGAAGGAAGGGAGGGAGGAGGGGGAGGAGGGAGAGGAGGGGGACGGGGAAGGAGGUGGGAGCGUUCUGGCCGUCUCCUUCGACGAGUUUGCGCGGUCGUUCCCCGGGUUCCCCGUUGAUGAGGAGGUGGUGCUUGUCAAGAUCGACGUGGAGGGGGCGGAGGCGCUGGUGCUGCGGGGGAUGAGGGAGUGGAUGGGUAGGAGGAUGAUCAGGAACCUGAUCGUGGAGACAACUCCAGCUGACUGGAAGCGGUACGUGGAGCUGGCGACCUUCGAGGAGCAGCUGGGAUCCCUGCUAGACAUGCAGCAAUCGUACGGCUUCCUGUGCCUUACCCUCUUCAUCGCCGAGGGCCCCAGGAGGCUCUGGGACGGAGCCCUCCCCUUCGUCGUUCAGGUCGACAGGCAGUGGGUGCAGGAGCGGCUACCUCAGGGGGUCGAGCAGCCCUGCGAGGGGGACGAGAGGAACGGAGCAAGCUUCUUCCUGGUGCUCGACCUGGAGCGAUUCAUUCGGGAGUACUGCCUCAAGUCGGAGGGGGAGGCCCCAAGAGGAGGAGGAGGGUGCGGCAACCUCUGGUUCCACCUGCCGCAGGGCCCGCAAACUACUCCGUCUGCAUGA